CGCGGGGAAGGUGGGGAUGUCCAGCCUAUAUAACGCUCGCAUCCCCACCUCUCUCAUAACAAAACACAUUGUGAUUUUGGUGUGGUCAGUCACUACUUACCUGUUCUUCCAAGUUGUGCCUUACUCUUACGCAGUAGGAAAUCAUGUUGGUUCAGAUUGCCAUCUUAAGUGUGGGAUUAUCCCUGGUGUUGGCCGAUCCGUACGAUUAUGCCCCUUCGUAUGGUUAUAAACCUGCCUAUUCUCAUCCAGAAGCUGUUUAUGAUUCAUAUGCCAAGCCCCAGCCAUACAGUUUUGGCUAUGAGACAAAAGAUGCUUAUGGCAACAAACAGUUCAGACAAGAAGACAGCGAUGCUAGUGGUGCGAAGAAAGGAUCUUACGGUUACACAGACGCUCACGGAGUUUAUAGAACCGUAGAAUACGUUGCUGACAAACACGGAUUCAGAGCUUGGAUCAAAACCAACGAGCCUGGCACCGCUAACCAGAACCCUGCUGAUGUAGAUGUCAACGCAAUUGAUGCUCCAAUAGUCCAUCACGCUCCCGCUUACAGUGCCCCUGUACACUACACAGCACCAGUCCAUUACGAUAGCUAUGGCUCUGCACCUGUAGUUUACAAGACACCUGUAGUCUACAAGGCACCAGCAGCAGUUUACAAGGCACCAGCAGCAGUUUACAAGGCACCUGUUGUAUACAAAGCUCCUGUCGCAUACAAAACACCCGUUUAUACUGGAAGCUCUCCUCAAGUAUACAAGCUACCAGCACAUGGAUACAAACCCCAUUAUCGCAAGUACGAUGACGUUUAUUAAAAGAAAUCAUGGGUAUUAAAAUUUGCUUCAGGUUGUUGCUAAAUUUAUCUCUUGAUGGACAGUCUAGCUGUUGCUGGCCCAGCAUUCCUAAGUUGGUCUUCUGUUCAAACUCCGCUGUUAUACUCAGCUCUUUCUUGGCCAAUAUUUUGAUGUAGGCAUUUGCUGAAAACAAAAUAAUCCUCAUUGCAAAUCCUUGUUUUCUUGCAUUACCUUCAUCUUCUGUGUGCGAAUAAAUGUUCAUGCGGCGAGAAAUUUGGUAGAAUUUUGUGCAAAUAAAGUUCAUAGGCCUUUCAUCAGUUGUUUGCAACGAGGAGAUCAUCAACGCUUGCGAAAGACGAAGUACAAAGUUGUCCAUCUUUUCCUUGGUGAUUGAAAACAUAGAUAUACAUAUUCACACUGCACACUGGAUGAGGAAAAAUAAUAAGGCUAUUGAAAGUAUUUACGAAUGUUAGGUUAAUAUGUGCCAAUAUAAAGAAAGGUGUGCAUUUCAUGUGCAUAAAUGUUUUCUACCAUUUUACUAUAAUUUUGAUAUAAAAACUUUUUUUUUUUUUUUUUUUUAAGAAAUACUUAUCUUCAAAAAUUGUAAAGAAGGAAAAGGUGGGUUGAAUUCAGUUUAUGUAAGUAACAUGAUAAUGGCCAAUGAAUUAUUCUCAGGCAUUAUAGCUUAUUUUACACCUUAUUUAAUAUUCCAUCUAUUAUUUAUGCUUUCUUUUCACAUCUAUGUGCUAUCUAUUGUACUUUAAAGCACAUGAGAAAGAAUUCUUUCGUUUGUAUUGUACAAGUGUUCUCUGAUAGAGAACCGCUUUAUUGUACAGUAUCAUACUGUAAAACUGAUAUUGUUGUAUACUAUGUUUUGUUUUGUGAAUAUUGGGUUUUAUUCUGAUUUCUAUUUAGUCGAAACAGAACUAUGGAAAUGUAUAUGUUGUGGAAUUUCUGCAAACGAAUAAAGCAUUUUAUUUUUUACCUGA